AGAGGGGCCGCGCGACACGAAGAGGUCGUUGAGUCGCGUGGGUUUUAAAAGGCAAAGGCUUCAUCCUCCUUCUCAACCGUGUCCCCGGAUCCAGAGACGGGAAACGAAACGGCGAUUGCGAUCGCGAUUAGUGACCUCUCCGUCGAUAGCGAGUUAACCGGCCGUGGAUUUCCAGUGGUGAGCUGUGACGGUGCGCAGCGGGAGACCAAAGACCUGCAAAGCUAGAGUUUCACAAUGGAUAUUUCUUGGGAUGAUGGGAUAAGGUUAUGGUCCCUCAUGUGGAAAAAAGAACAGAUGAUGGCUAAGAAAAGGAGGUUACUGAUGGGACCAGUAACUUCACUGGAUGGGCAUAUAAAGAGAUGCAAAAAAACACAAAUUGCAACAAACUUGUACUUGCCAGAAUAUUAUGUUAGGAAUGAUGAAGUCACCGCUGAUUAUAUAAGAACAGCUAUUGAAAGAAGUUUCUCAUGUGAUGGUAAAGGCAACAAUCAAAUGAUUCAAGACUAUUUACAGCUUGUUCACACGCAUGUUGAGAAAAAUAAAUGCAAUAAUGGUCUCCAAGUGAAGCAAAAACAAAAUGCAGUAAGAAACAAAGAGAAGUUUGUUCAUGAAACUCCUACCUUUCAAUUUUGCCUGAAGUCUAUUAACAAUAUGUUGGAAACACUUGAUGAAAUGUCCCAUCAGGAUCUUACUGCAACAAAUAGGAAACUUAGAAGUGUAUCACUGAAAUUAAAAUUUCCACUCCCUCGCUUUACUGGAAGCAGGGAAUUGCUUAUUGAGCGAUUAAAGAAAAAGUUCCAAAAGUUUAUAUCAAAACUUAGCGAUGGGGAUGCAUUGCCAGAACCUUUAUUCAAUGCACUCUCUGUGAUUUAUUUGUCUUUCAUGCAUAGAUCCCGGCAUAUUGAUAUGGUAAAAUCAAAGUUUUACCCUUUCUCACCUGAUGUAGCAGCUUUGCAGAGCAAUAUUAUAAAAGCACUUGGGGUGCUUCCAAAAGUUAAAAAUGAUGAAUUGAAAGAUAUACAUGCCUUACUGGAUCCGGAAGCUAAAGUUCCUCCAAGACGUUUCAAGUGUGCACUUCGGAAUUAUUUGAUAGAGUACUUGUUUGAAUGCAAUGAAAUAGAUAUCACACAGGAGUUAUUAAAUAUCAUUCAUUUAAUAAACCAAAGGAUGCAUAGUCAGACUGUUACACUCUCUACAAAGACAAUAGAAGAGGAGGUUGAAGUUGUAAUGGUUUCCAGCUGUCACCUUAAUCAAAUUAUGUCAAGCCCACUUUCAGAUCAGAGUGAUGAUGAGAAUCUUUUACAUGGGUUUGGAAAUAAUGAAAGUGCGGAUGCUUUUAGUUUGGCUGGAACUGAUUAUUUCUUGUGUCUUAGUGAAAAUGAAGAUGGGGAGGUAUAUGGGUGUUGCUCUAACUUUGAAGCCGGAGCUACUGGGCAAGCCACUCCUAGUACAGAUCUUUCCUUUCAAAAAGUGGUCACUGAGGAAAUUAAUCUGAACAGUAAAGGAAGUCCUGCAUUUGAGCAAGAUGAUGUAGAUGAGGAGAAACCUUGUCUUGAAGAAGCUGCAAAUUUUGGUCUUGAUAGAACUACCCAAAACUCAAAAAGCUUGAGACUCAAAUCUAAUCAAGAAGUUUGUGACGAGACAUCAUUGGUUGCUUAUAAAUUGAUUGGCUCGAUACUUGAUAACUUACUAAAAACUGAAGGCACACUUGUAGAUUUGUCGACAAGAUGCUACUUAAAUGGUGGAUUAUCAGAUCCUGCAGAUUUGUCAGAUGCUGAAGGUGUGCUGAACACUUCAAAAAUAAAUUAUGAGCAUCAUAUGCUUGUUCAAACUGUUGAAGAGCUAGUACCUUCCUUGUCGAAGAGUUGUAUUAGAAGAAUGAAGAAUUUCAUGGGUAUCUGAUUCAGUUUCUAUCCCAAGGAUAAUUCAAGGAUGCAAAAAAAAGUAUUUGGUGGAAAACUUGAAUUCUUCGGUGUUCCUGUUGGCACGCUGCUAACAGCUUUUGCUGUCCCUAGAGCCAAGAGUACAUUAUGAAAAUUUUCAUCUUGGCUAAACAGAAUACUUUCACUGAGGUAAUGAAGUAAUCACAGUGAUUACUGAGACCUUUUCCAGCUUUUGUAACGUUUUCAUCAUGAGAACAUUUUCUAAAGAUAUCUAGAGAAAUAGCUGAAAAUUGUAUGACUUAGUUUUACUUGAUAGAUGUUAAAAAAUGUGUGGCCAUGAUCAAGCUUACAAAUUCCAUGUUAGGGCCCUUUCUCUUCCUCUCACUCAACAUGUGAGUGCCUCCCCACAAAUCCUUCCCUUACUCUUUCCAUCUACUACAGCUCCGUGCGACCUAACUCCUCCCUUGCAUCACUUGUUUCCUUUCGCUUGACUCUUCUCCCUAUUUGACCCAUUAACUACCCUACCCUAUGUAUUACAACCCUUUGGAGCCCUCACUUGUAGCCAUCUCUCUUCUUCCUCUUUGGUCUUUUACAUGUGCAUAAUCAUUCAUUUUCAUCUCCAGCCCUAAGACUUCCUCAUUUGGCAUUUAUUGUACGGAAAAAACAACUUGGUUGCUUUGAGACUCACAAGUAAAAGUGAUUUCUGCCAUUGGACUAAUCGUGAGGGAAUUAUUGCCGAUCGACUAUGGUCUCUUGACAUUAUGCUUAGGAAAUAUGUUGGCACAUAUAGGUGAUCUCCUUUUGUGUUUUUACAAUUUGUUUCAACCACUGAAAGUAUUAAUAUUUUUAGUAAUUGAUCACGUGCACAAUGCACUUCUUGAAGCAGACAUUCCUUAAUACAUUUUCUUAAAUAUACAUUAAAAAAUAUAUAGCCCUUAUGAUGGAAUAUCCAGUGGUCAAGUAUUUGGUUGAAUAUUAGUUGUGCUUCUUAGGUGAGAAUAUGCAUCCUUUUGCUCUGUUUUCAUUUCCUUAGCUAAAAAAGAUAGGAAAAAAUGAUAUAGUAUAUGCAUUCCCGUGGAAUGAUGCAUGGUUAAUAAAUGAGUUGUCAAAUGAGCUUAGCUAGUAUUAAGAGUAAAAACAUAAAUUCUUGAGUGAAAUUAAAUUUGCAUGGAUAAAAAUGAGAAGUUUCACUUUAGGCAACCCAUCCAAAAUCAUAAGGGAAUGAUAAUAAAUUCAUACAUAUGUUAUUGAAAUAUGUUGAGGCAUAUAAAACAAACUUGUAUGUGAGACGUCUCUCUCUCUUUUUAUUUGUUUCUUUGUGGCGGGGUGGAAAAUUUAAGUCACAAAUAGAUGUGAUAAUGUUUGUCAAGUUCAUUCCUGGAAUGUGAUUUUAUUUUGUGAGUGUCUGAAGUCCAUAUAUAUCAGGUAGGCCUAGGUAGAUCACUUGUGUCAAAAUAUGGAAGGAUUAUAAGAAUCCUAAUUGAAACAUUUACAUUUCUCUCACACACUAUGGGUUUUCCCGUUAAUUUCCAAUGAAACCUCCUCCCCUAACUCCUAUUCUACUAAUGAAUUAGUCCUCGGGCUAUGGUACAGUGGAAGGGUUCUCAGAUGUCAUCCAAACACCCACAGUUCGAUUCCCAGCUACAGUACGUCUGUAGAGAUUUUUUCUCUAAAUGAGACUCGCAACCAAGGGAUGCUGGGCUUUUGAGCCGCCACCGCGAGCGCUUCCCUUUUACCCUAACGGCCAGUGGAAAACUUCCGUGGAGCCAGACCGGUCACCCCAGGUUCGAUGUUACCUGAUCUGGUUAAUUAUUUUACUUUUUAUUCUACUAAUGAAUUACCUAUAAUAAUUUGGAUGAGCAAUACGAAAUAUUUUAUGUAGGAAUAGUUUUUUGUUGAAAAUUAUUCCUUGGUUAUUGCUGAUAAUUUUCCUACAAAUCAAACAUAGGAAUAGUUAUCCCUAGUCCAUUCAUUCUUUACUUUAUUUCCUCUACAUUACUAGCCCAUUCCUUUCCUACUACUGUUCCCACUUCAUGAACUUAAUGAAGAGUUGGUUUUAGUUACAUCAUAUGUUGGCCAAUUGUGAAUGUGGUAACCAAAUCUAAUCAAUUUUGGAUGAUUUUCCAAGAGGAUGUGCAAUGCAAUCAAGAUUUGGGGAUAAAUUUAGGUUUCCUUUAAAAAUAAGUUCUAAAUUUCUACAAUUUAUUGAAUUUUAAUAAUUUUAAAGGUUUAAAGUUGUUUAGAUUUUUAGAAAAAGUUGAUUUUUGGAAUAAAGUAGGCGGUUAUUUUUGAAAGAAGUGGCCUUAUUUUAAGUUUAUAAAAGGGGUUAGGAUUCAAUGUUUUGGUUAUCUUUAAUUUACGAACAAUACAACCCCAGCUGCUGAUUUAUCAGUGGCCGGGAUUCAAUCUUGCUUAAAUGGCUCAGAUCUGAUAGCUUGGAAGAGAAUCUCAUGCAAUGACUGUCCAUGGCCCUUCAUACUAGCAAUGUUUCUUUUCUCUAGCUCUCGUAUUUCAGUCAUCAGUCUUGGCUGCAUUUUUAUUAUCUACUUCGAAUUCACUCAUUCAUAUUUUUGCUAUUUUCAGCAUUAUCCUUGUCUAUCAUGAGAAUCUUAGAAGAUUGGGUGGAAACAUGUUUGUUGUUUUUUCAAAUUUGCCAGGGCAAUGGUAAAUGCAGCAAGAAUUUGUGCUCGAAGAUCUUGGCAAUACAUAACAAAAAAAUGUUGACAGAGCAAAGCAGCUGGUCCAGAAAGAACAAUGCAUCAAAGAGUGCUCCUUCACGCAACUUGGAUGUUAGAAUUCUUUGGUAUUUGGAUGAUACCCAAUCCCUGGUAUUAUCUAAGCUGGAUGAGCAUCAUAGUAAUCCACCUUGAUCCUCCUGUCAUUUUUGUAGUCUGCAUGAUCACUCUUUUUUUUUUUGAAACAUUGUAGUUUUUUUGCCAUAGCCUAUUCAAAUGAUUGCUUCUUUUUUUCCCUUGUUCA